AUGGGUAGUUAUCAUGGAAGUUGUCAUGGAAAGACAAAAGAAAUGGACAAAAAGGGCAAGAAAAUGGAAUUUGCCAGAGACUCGUGGGAUGGCGUCAAUUGCAUAUCAACAUCAACAUCACGUAACGUUAUUUCAAUCAUUCUGCCCACCCGCAACCUAUCUGGCCAUCUUUCUUCCAUAAUUGGGGAGCUUAGCCGGUUGGAGAAGUUGGACCUAUCUGGCAACAGAUUAUAUGGACAUGUUCCUCCUGAAUUGGGAAACUGCACACGCCUUCAGCACCUUAAUCUCUCAAGUAAUUUUUGCAGUGGUGUCAUCCCGUCAACCCUGGUCAACUGCAGCCUACUUACUUUUCUCGACCUCAGCUCAAAUAAUAUCUGCGGUUUCAUUCUUCCAGAGCUUGCGGAGUUGUCCAAUCUGUCCGAGCUUCAUUUAUAUUCUAACAAUCUUUCUGGACCAGUGCCUGCAUCUCUUGGUAAGCUUGGCAAUCUUCAAUUUUUAAAAGUAGGCAAUAACCGCUUUUCUAGUUCCUUACCACCUGAAAUUACUAACUGCUCAAAGCUUAAGUAUGUCAGCUUUGCCUCGUCCAAUCUGAAAGGCACAAUUCCAAGGGAAAUUGGCAAAUUGCAAUGGCUGGAAGAGCUAUAUCUUUUUGAUAACCAAUUGAAUGGUUUUAUCCCUCCAACUGUUGGGAAUUGCAGGGCUCUGCUAGUGUUUUCUGUUUUUGAAAACAAUAUAGAAGGUCCCAUUCCAAGAGAGUUUGGCCUUCUCAGACGCCUCCAAACUUUAUGGUUGUACAAGAAUCUUCUUUCAGGGCUUCUUCCCGCUCAAUUGGGCAACAUGUCAAUGUUACAAGAUAUAGACGUGUCUUCUAACAAUCUUGUUGGAGGUUUACCGGAAGCAAUCGGUAGGUUGAAAAAUCUGAGUUUUCUAAGCCUUCACAGCAAUAGUAUUUCUGGCAGGGUUCCCGCUUCGUUGGGAAAUCUUACAAACUUACAAUUAUUAAAUUUCCAAAAAAACCAGUUGAGCGGAACACUGCCGGAAGCGAUGGGUACUCUUCCAAAUUUGGUUAAAAUCUCCAUUAGUAGCAACAGAUUGGAGGGUCGGUUGCCUGCUUCCAUAGGAAAUUUCAGCGAUUUGGAGAUUUUGGAUGCGUAUUCCAAUCGACUAAGCGGGGAAUUUCCUCCUGGAUUAUGUAGGGCUAAGCAACUAAGGGUUCUCACCCUUUUCGACAAUCUCCUGGUAGGAAAUAUCUCCUUGCUUUUGAAGGAUUGUAUUUCAUUGGAAAGAGUUCGGCUGCAAAAUAACCACUUCACAGGCCACAUUCCUUCAGAUAUCUCAAAAUUGUCUGGUCUGGCUUACCUGGAGCUGUCCUUCAACAGGCUUGAUGGAGAAAUACCUGGGGAGAUAGGCCAACUCAAGAACCUCACCAAUCUUAUUCUUUGUGGGAACUACUUAAGUGGAUCUAUUCCUCCUGAAAUUGGGGAUCUCAGAAACCUGGGGAGGCUCAAUUUGAGUAUUAACAAUCUCAGCGGAAAUAUUCCUUCCCAAGUCGGAAGCCUCAUGAGAUUAGAAGGUCUAGAUCUCAGCCGCAACUCACUUGAAAGUGCUAUUCCUCAACAUCUCGGCGCUAAUUUUUCUGAGCUGUUCACCUUAAAGUUAAGUUUCAACAAUUUGAGUGGAAGUAUUCCGGCAUCUCUGGGAGAUUGUUCGAGUUUGAUAGAAUUAGAUCUGUCUCGAAACCGACUUGAGAAAUUGAUUCCAAGGGAAAUAGGGAAGCUAGUGCAUCUGUCAACUGGAUUGGAUCUCAGUUGGAACAGACUAUCUGGGUCUCUUCCACCGGAGAUAGGAAAUCUGCCGCUUCUUGAAUCAUUAGACGUCUCCCACAACCAGCUCUCUGGUUCUCUUACGCCGGCGAUUGGAAAUCUGCUGCUGCUUGCAUCAAUAGACGUCUCCCACAACCAACUAUCUGGUCAGAUUCCACAGGCCUUGUCAAGGUUAGUACUUCUUUCCAAAGUCAAUUUUUCAUUCAAUCGAUUCACGGGCCAAAUUCCAGCUCUGAAAGCUUUCUCUAAGGGCGCCUUUGAUGGUAACGACGGUCUGUGUGGUGCACCCACUUCCAAUCCCUGCUUGGAAAGUAGAAAUAGUAGUAGCAACGACAAAAGUUUGGGGAGAGGCGGUGUGGCAGGAAUUGUUAUUGCCGGAUUGGCUAGUAUUACCCUCGUAAUAAUAGCCCUUGUAUAUUACCGGAGAGAGCCAAUUGCACAAGAUGAAGAAUCAAAUAAAGAGGAGGAUACAAGCGAUGAAUCUCUCAGCAUAGUGGAGGUGGACAUUGCUGCAGGUUACAAGCACAGGAUUACAUAUCAAGAAAUUUUAAACGCUACGGAAGAAUUCAGUGAUAAAUAUUUAAUUGGCUCUGGUACCUCUGGUAGAGUGUACAAGGUUCUUCUGACGGAAGCUGAGAACGGCCUGGUAAUAGCUGCAAAGGUCUUGAGAUUGCAGGAGGAAGGGAGAAGUACUUUUAUGAGAGAGAUAGAUGCCCUCAAGUUCGUCCGCCACAGAAACAUUGUUCGUUUUCUUGGGUUCGUGUCUGGGGACAGCAUCAACAUGGGCAUUCUGCUUUUACAAUACAUGGCAAAGGGUUCUUUGAGGGAAGCACUAAAAUCCCAGAAACUGGGGUUGGAGUUUCGAUGGAAUAUAGUGUUGGGAGUGGCGCAGGCUCUGAAAUAUUUGCACCACGACUGCGCUCCUCCAAUCGUACACCGUGACCUUAAAUCGGCGAACAUUUUGCUGGACGAUGAAUACGUAGCACAUGUAGCUGACUUCGGCCUCGCAAAAUUCCUCUAUUCAGAAGGCCAAACCAGUAGCUCCUCCCUUUACGUUGGCACUCAUGGUUAUAUGGCUCCAGAAUGCGGCUACGGAGUUGGGCAUUCCACGAAGCAAGAUGUGUUCAGCUUUGGAGUUGUGCUGCUAGAGCUUGUUACCGCCAAAGCAGCCAUCGUGGAUGAGGAAGGAGGAGGAGGAGAAAGCAGAGGUUUGGCUGAAUGGGCUGCUAUCAUGAGAAAGAAAGAUGGCCACGCAGUCCUCGAUUUAAUCGAUGCGGAGCUGGUAAAUGAUUAUGAAAAAUGUAGAGAUGAAAUUGAGAAAGUGAUAGAGAUUUCCCUCCUCUGCACUCGACCGUCGCCAAGAGAGAGGCCAUCCAUGCGAAGAGUAGUGGACUUGCUUUCUCCUCCAUCUACGCUGGUAGUAGAAUAUGCCUCUGUUUAG